GGUGUCAAUCAGGCGCUUUAAAUGGCUACAGUGGUGCGGGCCGCGUGAAGCGAUACAUCGCCGGGGAUUCCCCGACCCCCGAUACAUCGCGGGGAUUCCCCGACCCCCGAUACAUCGCCGGGAUUCCCCGACCCCCGAUACAUCGCCGGGAUUCCCCGACCCCCGCUACAUCGCCGGGAUUCCCCGGCUCCCUCCAGCGUCCCAGUCGCCCGCUCCGAUACAUCACCGGCCCCGUUCUCCAGUCUCUUCUUCCAAUCUUGGCCCCCCACCCCCCCUCCAUUCCCGGUCUCCAGAACCAGCCCCCGACUCCAGUCCCAGUCCCGAUCCGCAGCCCUUGUCUCCAGCCCCAGCCCCACCAUGAGCAGCGAGGAGGGAGAAGAAGGGGAGGAGGAGGACGAGAGGGACGGCGAUCGCCGCCGGACCAAGCACAGGUUCGAGGAGCUGUGUCAGAAGCUGAACAUGGACGAGUGCGCCAAGUGCGAGGCUUGGAGCAGCUACCGAAGCAUCAGCAGGAACUACACGCUGGAGGGCGAAGAUCUUCACUGGUUGGCCUGUGCCUUGUACGUAGCAUGCAGAAAGGCCAUUCCAUCAGUGGGAAGAGGAAUUGUAGAAGGAAACUGCGUCUCCUUAAGAAAGAUCCUACACUGUUCUGAAUUCAGUUUGAUAGAGUUCUUCAACAAAAUGCAGAAAUGGGCAGACAUGGCGAACCUAUCGCAAGAGCUCCGGGAACGUACCGAGAAGCUGGAGAGGAAUUUCAUCGUUUCCGCCGUCAUCUUCAAGAAGUGCAAGCCCAUCUUCUGCGACAUUUUCAAGGACCUCCAGGAAGAUCCACCACCGCGCCAGCACAGGGGCCGCAAGCAAAGACGGCAACCAUGCACAGUCUCCGAGGUGUUUAACUUCUGCUGGGUGCUGUUUAUUCAGGCGAAAGGAAACUUUCCAAUGAUCAGUGAUGAUCUUGUUAACUCCUAUCACCUCCUGCUGUGUGUACUCGAUCUGGUCUAUGGGAAUGCUUUGCUUUGCUCGCACCGGAAAGAUUUGUUGAAUCCUGCUUUCAAAGGUUUAUCGGAGGGUUUCCACAGUGAAGAUUACAAGCCACCUUCAGAGCCACCUUGCAUCAUUGAUAAGUUAUGCUCCGCAUACGACGGAUUGGAAUUGGAGGCAAAGGGGAUUAAACAACAUUACUGGAAACCAUACAUCAGAAAACUAUUUGAUAAGAAGAUAUUGAAAGGAAAAGGAGAGGCUCUGACUGGCUUUCUCGACCCUGGGAACUUUGUGGACAGUAGUAAAGCCAUUAACAAGGCUUACGAAGAGUAUGUGCUGACGGCGGGAAGCAUAGAUGAGCGCAGCUUCCUGGAAGAUGAUGCUGGGGAAGAGAUCGGAACCCCAAAUAGGUAUCUGAGCAGCAUGUCCAACGUGCAAACGGCUGAAAGGAUGCUGGUGCAGCACAAUCUGCAGCAGCAUUUUGACCACUCUAGGGCGCUCACAGUUUCAACACCUCUGACUGCUCGCAGGUAUAUAAAGGAGAGUAACUUGUGUAUAACCCCCAUAUCCUCUGCUACUCAGUGUGUGAGUCGUCUACACGCCAUACUAACAGGAUUGAAAAAUGCUCCAAGUGAGAAGUUAUUGCACAUUUUCAGGUCUUGUUCCAGGGAUCCGACACAGUCUAUCCUCAACAGGAUAAAGGAGAUGGGCGAAAUAUUUUGUCACCAUUACACACAGUCCACCAAGGAUCACUCUGGAUAUUCAAUAGACUAUGCCACCAAAUGUCUACGACUUGCAGAGAUUCUAUACUAUAAAGUUCUUGAAGCAGUGGUUGAGCAGGAGAAGAGAAGAUUGGGAGAAAUAGAUCUGACCGGAAUAUUGGAGCAAGAUAUAUUCCAUCGAUCUCUUCUGGCUUGCUGCCUCGAAAUAGUCAUAUUUUCCUACAAACCGCCGGGAGAUUUUUCAUGGAUCAUUGACAUCUACGACCUUCCAUCCUAUCACUUUUAUAAGGUGAUUGAAGUCCUUAUAAGGGCAGAGGAUGGUCUAUUCAGGGAGGUAGUUAAACAUCUGAAUUAUAUUGAAGAAACAAUCCUGGAAAACUUUGCAUGGAAACACGAGUCACCUCUUUGGGAAGGAAUUAAAGAUUCCAAAAACAAGGUUCCAUCGUGUGAAGAGGUGAUGCCACCGCACUAUUUUGACAAUCCGGAGAAUGUUGGGAACAAUGAGAUGUCCACCCCCACUACCCCUGCACGGCCAAAGGAAGGUCCCACAGAGAGUGCCAGGAAAGAUGCCAUUGCAUCACCGACAACGCUACAUGAUCGAUACAGUUCUCCAACCGCGAUCAAUACACGCAGGAGGUUGUUUGUGGACACUGACACCAACACAGAUUCUUCUGGCAACUGUCCUCGAGUCUCCCAGCAUCAAACGGUGAACGCUGUCCCGGUCCAGAACGUGACCUCUGAGACUGUACCCAUUGCACACGUCCCAGGGCAGACCUUAGUCACCAUGGCAACUGCGACCGUUACUGCUACUAAUGGGCAAACUGUUACAAUCCCGGUUCAAGGUAUCGCAAAUGAGAACGGGGGCAUAACUUUCAUCCCGGUUCAGCUCCGAGUCUCUGGACAGGCUCAGACCGUGACGAGUACCAUCCAACCCCUUACAGCCCAGGCGCUUGCCAGCAGCUUAGGUGGUCACCAGCUAGCGGCCACUGCAGUGCAGAUUGCUGGGCCGGUGCCCGUUCAGCAAUCCCCAGGCCAACGACAAAGCCAGCACCAAGGAGGAAUCAACAACCAACCCAAAAAGACAGGCUCCGUUGCACUGUUCUUUCGAAAGGUUUAUCAUUUAGCCAGUGUUCGUCUGCGGGACCUCUGUUCAAAGCUGGAUAUUUCAGAUAACCUGAGGAGGAAAAUCUGGACGUGCUUUGAGUAUUCCUUGGUUAACUGCACUGAUCUUAUGGCCGAUCGGCACUUGGACCAGCUUCUGAUGUGCGCUGUGUACAUGAUGGCCAAGGUAACGAAGGAAGAUAGAUCCUUCCAGAACAUCUUGCGUAACUACAGGACUCAGCCACAGGCUAGCAGCAAUAUUUAUAGGAGUGUUUUGUUAAAAGCUCGGAGGAGACGAACGUCAGGCAGCAGUGACAGUCGGCAAGGUUCCCCAACCGAGGCAACCAGAGAUCGGAACAGUAGAGAUUCCAGUCCAAACAUGAGAUCCAGCAGUACACUCCCAGUACCUCAACCAAGUAGUGCACCACCUACCCCUACCCGACUGGCUGGAGCUAACAGCGACAUGGAAGAGGAGGAGAGGGGCGAUCUCAUUCAAUUCUACAAUAACAUUUACAUCCGAAGGGUGAAAGCAUUUGCACUGAAAUAUUCCACAUCAAGCACGGAAAAUGGGAGUGAAGCUCCACAUUUAUCUCCCUUCCCCUCCUUACGGACGGGAUCACCCCGCAGAGUCCUACUCUCUCAGCAUCAUUCCAUUUAUAUUUCACCACACAAGAACGGAGGUUCCCUUUCACCACGAGAAAAGAUGUUUUAUUGUUUCAGCAGAAGUCCUUCAAAGAGGCUGAGGGAUAUCAACAGUAUGAUUAAGACAGGCGAAACUCCAACCAAGAAACGUGGCUUGGCGUUGGACGACGGCAGUGAAUUGCCAGCUAAGAGGGUUUGUCAGGAGAACCACACUGCACUAUAUAGACGUUUGCAAGACGUAGCCAAUGACCGGGGCUCACACUGAUGCUAUUUGUACCUCUUGACUUUGGUAUAAAUACCUUCUAAUUGCAUCAGUUUCCACGUUCUCCCCUCUAGAGUCUCAAAAACUGGAAAGGUAGACCAGAGAGAGUUACAGCUAUGCUUAAAGCUUUUCCCAGGGUCGAUACAGCAGUGAACAUAGGCUGUAGAAACAUUCAGUGGAGAAGGGAGGGUCUGCUUUCAGAUAGCCAGUUUCAUGCUUUGUAAAGCAGCUUAAUUUAACAGGUCAGAUUGUUGGACAAGGGAAUUUUAGUUUAAGAUUUAUGACGCAACGCAUUUUAAAAUUUAAGCUUUUCUGAAAUAAAUAUUAAAACGGGCUUAUAACAAGUUUUCAUACCAAAAUCAGUUAUUAUUAAUACAUUUGUUGUAUGUAAACUCAGAUUAAAUGUUAUAACAUUAAUACAUUUUAGAAAGAGCAGAUUAUUUUUAAAGCAAAGCUUUAAGAUAUGAUCCUAUUAUUGAUAUGGAACCCUUUGGUGCAACUGCUCAGAUGGGACAACCAGGUGAAUAUUCCCCACGGAUGUGUUUAUACUUCCCAUCAACAUUCCGCAUUUAUGGAUUACAUUCAGUGUAUUUGUGCACAAUGGAUUUUCAUCCCCAAAACUGGCAGAUGUUGAGGCAAGGUCAGGGUCAUACAACCUCUGAAACAGGCCCUUCAGCACAUCUUGUGCAUGCCAACCUAGGUGUCCCAUCUAAAACAGUCCCAUUUGCCCACAGUUGAUCCUAUGAAUAGCAUGCUAAUAAUAAAUACAUAGCUGUCAAAUGUUAAGGCAAAAGCUUCCAUUUAUAAGUAUAAUGGUCAUCUAAAAAGGAAGAUGCUCAAUAAUAUUGUGAAGUUUUCAUCCUGGAUAUGAUGCUAAGACUUUACAUUUUCUAUUGUCUAGUUUGUUAAUCUCCUGCAAAAAAUAAAAUCAUGCAGAUGUGAUAAAUCCAAAAUAACAAAGAAAAUGCAAGUCAGGCAACAAUUGGAAAGAGCAAGUUUAAAAUUAAAGAUCUUUGGAUAUCCAAAUUAAACAAGUCAAGUAGCAAACUAUCAGCACAUGCACCAUUUAAUGCAUCGUGGUCACAUAUUCUUUGCCCUCAGUAGGAGACGCUGGGAACUGCAGGUGCUGGAAGAACUCAGUGGGUCAGGCAGCACCUGAGGAGGCAUUGGACAGAUGUUUCAGAAGAAUGGUCCUGACUGUAACAUUGCCUAUCUAUUCCCUUCACAGAUGCUGCCUGACUUACCAUUAACAGUAGUGUCAGUUUUCUUAUUUCCCCAACACUCAUUAUACAUCUGCGAUUCCCAUUUUGUCCUGUGUACGGACAACGGUUUGUAUUUUACAUUAUUAUUAUUUCAUUGGCAUAAAAAAGGUAGAAGAAUGCCUCCAAAUUUGGAUUUAGCAGCUACGGAUGAGGUAAGCAACUAGUUCUCAUCAGUUUUUUAAUGGUUCAAGUUCUUAAGAACUUAAUUGUUUUUAAACAUUCCUGUCAGCUUGAUCCACCAGUCCCUAGCAAUAGAAUUCUCAACCACAUGCAAAUACUAUGGCAAAUGUGAUAGCGAUCUCUAUAUCAGGCACUUAUUCUUCUCGGCAGUGGAGGUACCCAAUACCAAAACAUUCAUACAAUACAAGUUGAGACUAUAGCAUUCCAAAUCUUAGAAAUUAAGCAAUUUCUAUUGGGCAUCAUAGACUUACCGUGUUGUUCAGGUCAGUUGAACACAUCCGAAUGCACACUGUGGCUCACUCAAAGAAGGAGAGAAAAAUUUGUCUCAUAUGACCUUUAUCCAAUUAUUUAUGAAUGGGGGAGUUUUAUAGAUCAAUGUGAAAAGCAAAUAUUAAAGUUUUGAGUAGAUGGGUGUACAUUUUUAAUACCAAUCUUUGAAUACAAUUUCUAAAUUGUGUAGCAUUUUAAAAAGAUUGCAAGGGGAUAAUUGAUUUUAGAUAUCAAUUAUUUUGUUAAGUGGUUAUUGUACUAUAAUUGGCAGCAGAUGAGUAUAGCCCGGAAAUAAGUUUGGAUAUUAUUGCAAUAUCAUUUUAAACAAGGACCCUUCACGAGUGUGACUAAAAACAAUUUGCUUUAAUACUUGUCAAUCUACGAAAAGUAUUUAAAUGAUAACUGAUUCUUUAAGAAACAUGUUAUUGUGUUGUAUCUCUGUAAGAGUUGUGAAAAUUUGAUUGAAUGUUUGUAUGUGGCUGCAUCCUUUUAUAAAAUGACUUGUAUGUUAGCAAAAUAGAAAA